CUUUUAAAACUCAUGGAAGAAUCGUAUAAGCUCUAUAUACCACUGUGUUAUAUGCCAACCACACAAAGUUCCUUCAACAACUACGCCUCUUAUCAGUCAUGGAAAGAGAUAUCAACAUUGAGAAUGAUGCUCAUCAUAACAUGCUUACCUCUUCUCCCGUUAUCUCCGCUGCCUCCGCCGCUGCCGCCAUAUCCUCCUCCACUUCAAAAUAUAGUAUAGAUCCUAAGAGGUCAAAGGAAAAUGAUAAUGAGAAGAAGAAAAGACUAAGGACAAGUGAUAUUGGUGAUGGCAAGAAGCACCCGACAUAUCGCGGAGUGCGAAUGCGGAGCUGGGGAAAAUGGGUGUCUGAAAUCCGAGAACCGAGGAAGAAAUCGAGAAUAUGGCUCGGAACAUACCACACGGCCGAAAUGGCUGCUCGAGCUCAUGAUGUAGCCGCACUGGCCAUCAAGGGCCGCUCAGCUUACCUUAAUUUCCCUCAACUAGCAAAACAACUUCCACGACCCGCCAGUACGUCCCCCAAGGAGAUCCAAGCAGCUGCUUCGCUCGCAGCUGCCUCGACAUUUCUCGAGACAGGGUGGUGCAAUAUCAAAGCCGGACAUGAAGCAGAAGCCGAAGUUGGAGCAAGCCAAGAUGAUCAAGUUCCUCUUUCAAGUUCACCCUCGAUCGAUGAUGACGACACCUUGUUUGAUCUGCCUGAUCUCACGAUCGAUGUCACGGAUCGAAGCAAUGGAUUCGGGUUUUAUUCUUCAACAUGGCAAAUAUGUGCAAUCGAUGCUGGUUUCCGGAUUGAGGAGCCAUUCUCCUUGGACUACUAG